UAAGAAUUUUAUAGGGUUUGGUUUUCUUCCAAUUCAAUUUGGGAGAUUUCUCCAACCCUAAUUUUCUUUCUACAGCCCACCUUGUCAAUUUUACAUCUUAGUUAUGAAGAUGGAGUUUGGGGUAUCGGAUGAAUUGUUGGGGACGUUUGCGCCGAUUGUUGUGUAUUGGGUUUACUCUGGGAUUUAUAUUCCGUUCGGAUCGUUGGAGAAUUAUCGGUUGCAUUCUAAGAAGGAAGAGGACGAGAAGAAUUUGGUGCCGAAGAGGGAUGUCGUCAAAGGUGUUCUUAUCCAACAGGCUGUUCAAGCUGUCGUUGCCAUUCUUCUCUUCACUGUCACUGGUAAUGAUGGUGAAGCUGCCACAGGUCAACAACUUUCCGUUAUUGUUCUCCUUAGGCAAUUAUGUAUUGCAAUGGUGGUUUUGGAUACAUGGCAAUAUUUUAUGCACCGAUACAUGCACCACAACAAGUUCUUGUACCGGCAUAUACAUUCACGACAUCAUAAGCUUGUUGUCCCGUAUGCAUUUGGAGCUUUGUACAACCACCCACUAGAGGGGCUGCUUCUUGACACAGUUGGAGGGGCUUUGUCUUUCCUUCUCUCAGGCAUGUCUCCUCGAGCUUCCAUCUUCUUCUUCUCCUUUGCUACCCUCAAAACAGUCGAUGACCACUGUGGGCUAUGGCUGCCUGGGAACCUGUUCCAUGUAUUCUUCAGAAAUAAUUCUGCCUACCAUGACAUUCAUCAUCAGCUUUAUGGCAGCAAAUACAACUUUUCACAGCCAUUCUUUGUUAUGUGGGACAGAAUUCUUGGUACUUAUAUGCCUUAUUCACUUGAGAAGAGAGCAGGGGGGGGCUUUGAAGCGCGGCCUACUAAAGAGUACAAGGACAAUUGAUGAAAUUGAUACCUGUUCUUUGCCACAAAAUAUGUACCACUAUAGAUUUUGUUCUUUUUCCUUUCUCUUUUUGUCAAAUGCUUGAUUACUUAUGCAUUUUGUAUAUAUCUAUACACUCAUACACAUAGUUGUAUCACUGGUUUUUUUGGCCCCUGCAAAAGCGUUUUGAGAUUGGGAUUUGGGAGUAAGAGCCAUAUAGAAGGUGAACUCGUGGCAGUUGUUUGUGUGGCCCUUUAAUUAUAUCAUACUGUCUGUGUUUCCUUUCUGUUGAUUUUAAAGCAUAUCUAGUUAAGCAUUUAUUUUACUGUGGAGGCCAG